AUGCUCCCAUCUGACACCUCUCUCAAGGGCUCUUUCAAAAGGUCAAGAGAAAUCUCAGACUCCAAUUGGACAUGCAAACCGCCUUCCAAAAAAUCAUCCAGCGUUACCACAGCAUACACGGCUGACUCUCAUAGUGCUCCCAAAUACAAAUCCGGUUGUGACUCUCCCAUCACGUCUUUGAAAAAUCUCACACCGUUGGCUACGCCUACCAAGAAUUCACCAUCUUUCGAGGACAAAGACAAUUUCGGCAGGUACCAAAGCAGCUCCAAUCUCGAAACGCACUUCUCCGAUCUCAAAUUAUGCAUACCGAACAAAAGUCACCAAGCUAUAUUCAAAGAUACCAAGAUAGGUUACCGCGAAUUUACUGCCAACACGAGUCAUCCCAUAUUCCGCACAGCUGAGAUCGUAGACAAAAUCCUUCGAUUUGUCGACUCCGAAGCUACAAUACCGCGGGAGAAAACAAGACAUAGACGCAAACCUCAAGCUUUCAGCCAUGCUUUAUUGUUGUGCGACGGUGACGAGGCCAGGGCAAAAAAAAUGUGGAAUGAGUGCAAUCGAUCCAGCGCUGAACCGGCGGUUAGCAAUUCGCCCAGGCUACAUAGUUGCAUUCAAGUCAACAAAAUGUGGCACAGAAUCGCAUUAAGCAUUAUUACGGAAAACCUUUAUUUCACCGACUCCAAAAAAAUACGCAAGCUUGCGGGCAAUGUGUCGAAACUCCGGAACCGGCUGUCAAAACCCUCUGCAUUUGUUCUCCAUAAGCUGAGUAAGCUUGAGCAAACCGAGCUAAAUGCUUUCAUCCCCAUCGUGUCAUCGGAACGCUUAAAAUGGCUUGAAUUUUACAUCUGCCCUAAGAUUAUUCCACCCAUUCCAUUGUUCUACCGCUCUCAGAAUCUGGAAAAGCUAGUUUUGCCCGGAAACCAGUUUUUAGACGAUAAAUUCUUGAUGACGAUUGCGCCCUAUUUGACAAAGCUCAAGAUACUCGAUUUGCGCGCCUGUGACAAAAUAAGUGAUUGCGGCGUCUUAUCAAUCGCAGCGAAUUGUCCGAAUCUCAAGAUCUGCAACCUGGGGAGACACCGAAAUGGGAAAGCAAUCACCAGUGUAUCAAUGGUUGCCCUGGCGCGGAACACAAAAGUUGACACAGUGGGCGUGGCGGGAUGUCACAUAACAGACGCUGGCGUCUGGGAGCUUGCUCUUCAUCUUGGUCCUCGCAUCAGAAGAUUGUCACUCAACAAUUGCCAGUUGCUCACAGACAAUUCGGUACCCACUUUACUUGCUCUCGGCUACUUCCCGCAGCUCUCUGUUCUUGAAAUCCGCAACUUAGAUCGGCUCACCAACGUGCUGCCCAUUGUCAAUUUCGUGCGAUCCAAGAGAUCCCAGGGUAUUCCUCUGUUGGUAGAAGGAGGCGAGAGAAUUGAUUCGAUGAUGAUAGAGGCCGAACAUCGAUUGGAUCAGCAGGAGUCUGCUCAUAUUCUUGCCGCUUUUACUGAUUGGGUCAACGAAGACGACAUGCUGUAG